AUGCUACGAACUCCUAUGCUGUUGGUAAGAUGCCUGCUUCUACAUAGCAGAAGUCCCCUUCUAGCUGGAACUAGCUCGAAUGUCUGUCGAAGUUCUCAAAAGAGAGCCUUCUCGCUUGAGCCUACGACCAUAGUUACGGCUUUAACCGACUCUCUUGAAGCAGCUCACGCCUACACGGGCCUUCCUUGGUGGGCGCUCAUUCCACUCACUACCUUCGGACUCAGAUCUGUGUGGACACUCCCGUUGGCCGUAAUGCAACGGCUCCGGAUCCAGAAACAGAGUGCUUUACGCCCUAUCAUUGCUGCCACAGGUCCAGUUCUUCGCUUGAACUUGGCCAAAAAGGCCCUGCGUGCUGCCAAGUCCCAGGACACGUCUGUGGCUUCCAUUGUGUCGCCGUUACGUAACAUCAAGUACGAGGAAAUUAUGGUUUUGUCUACCAAAGAGACACGGAAAAGACAGAAGAAGUUGUUCAAGGAUCACAACGUGCAGCUUUACAAAAACGUGCUCUUGCCGGCUGCUCAGAUCCCACUAUGGGUAUGUAUGUCUCUCACUUUCCGUAACUUGAGCGGAUGGUCUACCUGGGACAGCUUGCUGAACAAACCAAUGGAUCCGUCAUUGUAUUACGAAGGACUACUUUGGUUUGGAGACCUUACGGCAUUAGAUCCAUUCCAUAUAUUCCCCAUGGCCAUUGGAAUUGUUGCUUUAGUCAACGUGGAAUGGACAUUUCGGACAUUGGCAUUGAUGAGAGCAUCCGCCUCUCGUCGUAAAUUAUUCCGUCCUACCCUCACAGACUCCAUGGCAAAUGUUUCUAGAAUGGCGGUAGUGUUUCUCAUGGCUAUUUCCCUACAUGCUCCGACCGCACUUACCCUUUAUUGGCUCAGUUCUCAGGUGUUCUCCUUGGUGCAGAAUGUGUUCUUGGACUUGGUCCUUCCCAUCAGCUAUACACCCAACAAGCGCUUUGAUGUGGUCAAACUGACUGUUACCGAUGCGGUUGGAGUGGUUAAAACUCCUGAAUGA